AUGACUGAAUAUAUCAACAGGAGAUUGUCUAGCUUUACUUUGACUCCCGAAGCUCCGCAACGAACAUUCCGAAUCACCGCACUCGUUGCACCCACCUCAAAAGAAUCUCCUACACCCAAUUUGACCUUCAAAAAACCCCCCUUCUUGGGUACCAUCCGCGAGACUGUCACUUUUGACAUAGAGCAUGAUAAGCUCCCCCCGUCUUUUCGCUGCAGUUGCCUAGGAAAUGGAAACAUAUGCAAGGCGCCAUGGUUCCAGGAACACUACGUCGUCGACUGGGCUGCUGGUAGUACAUUGGCAAAAAAGGAGCAAAUUGUACACGGUAUAAAGAUGGUUGCGGUGAAGAAAGGCACGUUGAGACAGUAUGUCGGUUGGUGCGCUGGAGGGGUUGGAUUGGAAAUUUCUGAGACGGAAACACUGUAUUCCAUUGACGGUAUCUGGGAGAAGAUUCAAAAAGUCCCAGUUCUGGGCCGUGGGGCCAGGGAUGUGUUGAGCAAUGAAGCAGAGCUCUUGUUCUGGGGCCAGUGGGCAUUAGGGUGGAUCCCUUGUGUUCUGAGGCAGCUAAGUGCCGUAAGAGAGAGUAAGAAAAAGGCUACCCGACGAUACCUUUUCAAUGAGAACUAA